AUGCGCUCUUCCGCAAUGAAGUGGGCGGCGGUGUGUUUGGCAGCCUGGGCCAUGGUGGCAGUACGCCCUGCCUCCGCCCUGACAACCGACCAGCUGGAGGAGCUGUUCUUCUGGUGCAACACCUCGAUGCCCACCCCAAACCCCGCCGCCCACGCCUUCCUGGGUGGGUUGCAGUACUUGGAGAUCCCCAAUGCCGACAUAGCCUACUACCGCUUCGGCAACAACGAGACCGGACGCCCCGCCCUCAUGUUGGUGAACGGCCUAAACUCCGUCAUGGGCGGUUGGCCCUUGCGCCUCCUCCGUGCCCUGGCCGAGGAGCAGGAGGUCGUGAUCUUCGACAACAGGGGGCAGGGCCUGUCCGUGGACACCAACUCCACCGCGCCGCUGACCGUCCAGUCCAUGGCUGAGGAUGUCAAAAACCUAGCAGUGGCCCUGGGCUUCGAGACCCCUCCCAACCUCAUGGGAGUCUCCAUGGGCGGCAUGAUCACGAUCACCGCCGCUGCGUUGCACGGCGACACCUUCAACCGCUUCAUCCCCAUCUCCGGCAGUGCCGGCGGCAACUCCUCCCUGGGCUUCAGUGAAAAGAUGAUGCACUCCCUCACCCACCUCGCCCAGAUGGACCUGUACGACCUGAUGGACAUGUACUUUCCCAUGCCCCACCCACUGGGCCUGCUGACCGCCUGCUGGUACACCAUGGAGGCCUUCGACCGCCCCAUGAUCCCGACCAACGCCACCACCACCGCACGCCAGAUGGAGGCCAUCCUGGACUUCUUCCAGGACGACCAGGUGUACGACCUGCUGCCCAGCAUCAACAGCCGCGUGCUGGUGGUGGGCGGCGCCCUGGACCCCGUCAUCCGGCCCCAGAACCAGAAGCUGAUGGCCAAGCGCCUGCCGGCGGCCUGGAUGACCAUGUUCCCUGAGGGUGGGCAUGCCACCUACGUCGAGUACUGGUCCACACUGGUGGACGUGCUGAAUGUGUUCCUGGGGCGGGACGCAGACGAGCUUUAA